AUUAUUUGUCUUUUGACAUUAGCAACAAUUACGAAAUGUCAUACAAUACUAACUGAAAAUCAUUGUGAAGAUGAUUGGUAUUUAUUGGGUGAUAAAUGUGUGAAAUUUCACAACGACUUGGCCGGUGCUAACUUUCACGACGCUAUGGAUAUAUGCGACCACUUUUAUGGGGCAACACUUACUACCAUUCAUUCACAACAAGAGUUUGAUUUUAUUAGACAAAUGCUGUUUGAUUGGAGUCACGCAAAGUACUCGGUUUGGAUCGGAUUGAUUCGUAUCACUAAUGAAUCGUUCAUUUGGUUUGAUAAAAGUCCUCUCGAUUACACCAAUUGGGGACCAAAUGAACCAAACAAUUGGCACUCAAAGAAUUACUGUACUGUAAUGAGUUCUGCAUUAUCAGCAAAGGGACAGUGGUUUGAUGUGGGAUGUACUACAACUUAUCUGGUUAUGUGUCAAAAAUAUUUACACAAAAGCACUGAUACCACAAAAGUUGAGUCCAUAUUGGCUAACAUGUCUGUUGCGGAUCAGAUAAACAUGCAAUUGGAUCGCGAAGACGGUAUACAAAACUAUUCACUAUAUAGUGAACUCAAAUCUUUGGCCAUUAAAACCAAUGCAAACAUUGUUUUCAUUACAAUUUUAUUUGUUUUAUUAAUAAUAUUGAUUCUUAAAAAUAAUUAUAAAUUCGUAUUAAUUGGAUGUAAAUCACGGGAAAACAGAUCAUCAAACUUAGACAAUGAUUUCAAUACCAGUACUGAACACAUAGCUAUUUAA